AUGAGCGUAUUUAUGUUUAUGUAUGCAAAUCGAGUGCGAAGUUCCAGUUCAAAGUAAAUUUUAUGUAAUAAAAUAAUUAAAAUGCCAAAGGGUCAAGAUGGUAAGCAAGGUACUACGCAAGAAGUAUACUUUUUAUAAAGCUUUCUCUUUUAUCCCUGUCCUGUAUUUUUUUUCAAUUCAAACUGUUUGGGGUAAGAAGAAGAAUGCUAUAAUGAGAGCUUAUAGGAAAAUGCUGAAAGACAAGAAGCCGAAAAAUAUGUCACACAACAGAGAAAAUAAGCAAGAUGAGCAACAAACUUUUUUCCAGAGAGCGAUGAGUGAAUAUGAGCGCAGAAAAGCUUUUAGAGAGGAAAAGAAAAAAGCUAUAGAAGCUAAAAGGAAAGAAAGAGAAGAAGCGAGGAAAAAAUAUGAGCAGAAGAAAAGGCUUAAUAUGAAAAAAUUAUCUCAAAGAACCAAAUGGGGUCAACCUGUUAUGAAGGGCCGAAUGGAAAUAUUAUUAGAAAAAAUUGAAAGGACUGUAGGAUCAGAUUCAAUAAAUAGAUGAUAUUAGUAAAA